GGGCGCCGAGGUGGGGGGCUUCUCCGCCCGCUGCUUUCUCCCCGGGCGCCGGCGCCCGCGCCCGCCAUUGAAGGCGGGCCUCCCGGCGGGGGCGAGGCCGGAUCCCGCUCGGCUGGGCCCGGGGCCCGAGAAGCGGGGCGCGCUGGCAGCGGCUCGGCCAGGGUGCGGGGUGGACGGCGGCGAGCGGCCCGUCCAGCGAGCGCUGUCCAGGGGCUGGGCUGGCCCAGCCGGCACGGCCCGCGGCCGCGUCGCCUCAGCUGCCGCGGGACGGGGUCGGGCGGGGCUGCGGAUCCUCGCGGAGUCGCCGCCCGGCCCCGCCCGCCUCUGACCUCCGCUCACCCCAGCCGGGGUCCCCCGCUCCCCGGCGCGCAGGGCGGCUGCGCGGUGAGGAUCCCACCCCGCCCCCAGUCGCUUUCCGCACUCCCCGCCAACUUUGUUUUUCUUCCCGCAACACAUGGUUCCACUCACGGACCCCUGCCCCUUGGGGAGCAACGUGGGGGGCCGGCGGGCGAAGGAGGAGGUGGGUGAGGGACGGAAGUGGCAAAGACCUAGAGCAACAGGAAAUGACUUAGGGAAAGUCCCAACCACAGCCCCCCAGCCCCCUGCCUGUAAACACUGCCCACCCCCACUCUGCAGGCUUGGGAAGGGCUUGUGGGGCCCUCCCAACCGACUUCCCCUUGCAGAACCCAGCGGGUGCCGCGUCUCCAACCCGGGCCUCCAUCACCAUGUUCCAGGCUGCAGGAGCCGCCCAGGCCACCCCCUCUCAUGAAGCCAAAAGCAGCGGUGGGAGCAGCACUGUUCAGCGCUCCAAGUCCUUCAGCCUUCGUGCCCAGGUGAAGGAGACCUGUGCUGCCUGCCAGAAAACUGUGUACCCCAUGGAGCGACUAGUGGCAGACAAGCUCAUUUUCCACAACUCUUGCUUCUGCUGCAAGCACUGUCACACCAAGCUCAGCCUGGGCACCUAUGCGGCACUGCAUGGGGAAUUUUACUGCAAACCCCACUUUCAGCAGCUGUUUAAGAGCAAAGGCAACUAUGAUGAGGGGUUCGGCCGGAAGCAGCACAAGGAGCUCUGGGCCCACAAGGAAGUGGACCCCGGCACCAAGACAGCCUGAGGUCCCGGUGACCUUCCACACCUUCCCUGGAGGCCUGGAGCAGGGCAGUGGGAAGGGUGGGAGCGAGAUUAGGCCUGGGCCCGGGGGAGGGGGCAGGCUGGAAGGGGAGGAGGCUGCCUUGCUCAGGCAGAGGGUCACAGGGGCAGGGCUCUGCUCCAGGCUUUCUUCAGUCUCCCUUGGUGGGUGGGGGCUUGGGAGCUAGGAUUGGAGUUUCCUCGCCACCUGCUUCCUGCUUUUAACCCACCGCAGCCCACCUCUUGGCCGCCUGGGAGCCCCCUUCCAAGCCCAGCUUCCCUAUCUAGGUGCCUUUUCUCCAGCAAGGAGUCAGCAUGCCCCACUCAGGGUCCCAAGCUCCCUCACUGCCACCCAGGGCCCUGUGCGGCCUGCAUGUCUGCCCAUCUACCUCUGCCCUUAGCCUGGUCCUGAGCCAUGGAGACAGGAGGAAGGAGAGGGUGAGCGCCCCUUGCUGGGCCUCACCGCAGGCCCACCAUGGCCCCACCAGCGCAGGGGAUGGGGAAGUGGAGCCGCCCUGCCCCCGGGAAGGCUGGGUCCACCCCACUGGGGCUCAGGACCACUUCGCACCAUCAGCGUGAAGAAGCAGAAGUUUAAGUACCUGCCAGGCUGAGAGCCACAGAGACUGGCAGCAGGGCCGGUGGCGGCCAUGCUCCCCUCUUCCCCGCCCUCGUUUCUGCCGAUUCUGACUGUUGUCGGCAACCCCGUCUUAAACAUGUUUAAACAGAUCCUGACUCUGUAUUGUACGGCCUGAUGCGGGGCUUUGUGGUAGGACAGAUGUGAACUCACCGUGGGGAAGGGGAAGGGGAUGAGGUCAGCUCAGAGCUCUCCUGGCCUUGAUGGGUGUCAGGGAAAUACUAGCCAGCCUGAGAAAAGGGGGUGCUGUUCCCAGCCACGUCUCCAUGCUGGCAAACCCACAGUGGUUUUAUAACUGAAACUACUUUGUCCCUCAGCUUUGGGUUGGUUAAGAGAUCUCAGAUCCACCAACUUGCACACACAGGAAGAGGAAGCACAGGACGGCCUGAGAGCACAAGGCUUGAUCAGUCAAUAGUGAUAGGGCCUGGCUUUGCUACACCUUAGUAUGUUGGGGUGCAAGGCGCCCUUCUGAGUCUUUGAGCCCCCUACCCCCUAGAGGGUCACAGAAGGCCCACCUUUCCAAUUCCCUGUCUUCCUAGCCCUUUGCCCUGGAAAUCAGCAAGGAAUGGUGGGAACCAGCAGAUCCAGCAAAAGUGCUGCUGAGGGUUUGGGGACCUGCCUCACUUUUGUCCUUCCCCAGUCCCCAUGCCCUUUCUCCUCAUUGCUGUCAUCUUCCCCCUGCCUUUUCAGGCUCUGGGGAGUAGAGCAGCUUGUCCUCUCCCCUGAAAGUCCAGGCACUGAGGGCCAAGUUUAUAGCAGUGCAAACAAAACAAGCUUGAAGAGCAAAACCCCACCCUCAUACCCCCUACUGCAGGACACAGGCAGGAAGUCUGGGCUGUCCUGCCUCAGAUCCAACUGUCCUUGAUAGUCCCAAACUGCCUGUCGGAGAGAUGAGUUGGGGGCCCAAGAAGACAAGACUACUAGAGGAGUCCCGUACAACUCCCUAAGUCCCUAGGUGGCCUCAAACCCAUGGAACAGGGUAGGAAGUUGGGCCUCAAGUUCUGCUGGCAGAUAGGACAGUGCAGUACUGUGGUAGGCACUGCUCCUUAAGAAGCCGAGUGAACGCUCAGUGAGCUGAGCCAGCACCUGAGCAUGGGUCCUCGGCGUGAGAGCUACUGAGAGCCUCACCCAAGGCAGGUCCAGCUUCCUGCACCAGUUCUUGGAUGCAGACAAGGACAGCCUCUCAUCCUGCUCAAAGUUAAGCAUCAGUGGCAGAUGGGUCAGGAGAAACAUGAGCAGUGGCCCUGGACCGGGUAGACUACUGGAUCCAUGAAGCUCCUGGGAACCAGGCCCUUGCGAAGUUGGUCAGGAAGGCCAACAGUGCCACCUCAGCAAACCAGGCCUGAUGGAACCACUUCAGUGGAACUCUUAUGGGGAAGGUGGGGAGACCACUUUCUGAGCUAACAGUGGGACCCAACCAAGUCAUCCCAGAACCCAUCCUCUUGAAGCAUUUCCAGUUCUUUGCUUGAGGGCCUCUCAAGCUUGCUGCCAGGCACCAUACCCAGUCCCUCCCAGGCAGAUACCUCCACCCCACCCCACCCAAAAGAAAUGCUACAGGACCCCUCUAGUAUAAAUGAUCCCUUUUAUUGUAAGUAAUGCAUGACACUGGCCUGGCUUUGCACUGCAAGCCCUCGGUCAAGGUAUAGUCAAAUAACUAUGGCUGCAGGUUCUUCUGCACAAUCCACAAUUCAGACACAGACAGAGCUGGGGGGAGGGCAGGAGGGCCAGGGGGAUGGCAGAGUGGGGACUGUCCCAGCCCCAGCUGCUCUGUGCUGGGUUGGCCAAGGCAGACACACUCCACGGAAUGAGAAAACGGCAGCAUGGCCCCUUCCCACAGCAAGCCUGGGGGCUGGUAGGAAACUACCCUUCAGAACCUUUGGGUCCAGGCCAUCCUAGGGCCCCACAACUUUUCAUCUGGAUUAUUUAAUAAAAAACAAUAAAUUAAAAUUAAGCAA